AUGCUUAAUUAUAAUCUGAGUAAUAUUUGUGGUUGUUUUUAUACGGGUGGUAAAAUAUUAUUUAGUGAUGAUGGAAAUUCUUUAUUUGUGCCUGUAAGUAAUAGAGUAAAUAUAUAUGAUUUAAAUAGCAAUAGUUGUAAUACUUUAAAAUCAGAAAAUAAAAAUGAUUUAAGAUAUAUAGCAAUUCAUCCAAAUAUGGAAAUAGCUAUAACAAUUGAUAAAUUCGAAUAUGGUUGUGUGAUAAAUUUAUUAAAGGAUCAAAUUAUUUCAAGGAUUUUAUUUAAAUCAAAAACAGGUAUUAUAACUUCAUUUAAUUACAAUAGCAUUUUUUCACCCCAAGAAGAACAGGAUUCAGUUAAUUCUGCUUUAUUUACUCAUAAUGGAAAAUUUUUUUUAAUUGGAAUUGGAAGAAGGGUUAUUAUAUGGAGAAGCCCUAAUAAAAAAAAUAAUUAUAGAUUAAUAAAAUAUAAUGAUAUAUGCUAUCAUUCCUUAAACAUUAUAUCUAUAGAUAUAUCAACAGAUGAUAAAUAUUUCUUAACAACAUCAUAUGAUUUAACUAUAAGAAUACACACUGUAGAAAAAAAAAAAAGAAUGAAGCCAACUAUUUUAAGUGGAAACAAAACUACUAUAGUUGCUGCAUUUUUUUCAAAAAAUAGAGAAUAUAUUUUUAGUGUUAAUAAAUCGGGACUUAUAAUUGUCUGGUCAUAUGAAAAAGAAAAAAAUGAAGUAAAUGAUCAAGAAAAUGAAAACGAAAAUGAUGAUAAAAAUUAUGAAAAUGAAAUUGUUGAAGUAAUAAAUGAAGAUGCUGAUAAAAAUUUUGAAGAAAAAAAUAAUGCUAACGAGAGCUCCAUUUUACUUAAAAAAUCUUUUUAUGAGACAAAAAAAAAAAAAAAUAAAGCAUUUAAAAAAAGAUGGUGUUAUAAAAAAAUUUAUUACUGUAAUCAAGAGAAAAAUGAAGAAGUUACUAGAGCUUGUUUUAAUAAGGAACAUGAUUUAUUAGUAAUAGCUUAUUCUAGUGGUAAAUUCGGUAUUUAUAAUACACCUGAUAUGAUUUCACUUUACAAUAUUAGUAUAAAUACCUCUACUAUUGACGAUAUUGCAAUUAAUAAAGAUGGACAGUGGAUUGCCUUAGCUGAAUCAAAUAAUGGUACAAUAAUUAUAUGGGAAUGGAAAAGUGAAAGUUACAUAUUAAAGCAAAAUACGACAAAUAAAAAUGUUAAAUGUGUAAGAUUUUCUCCAAUUAUUAGCCAUUUAAAAAUAGGUAGCUACAUUGUAGAUAAUUCAAAUGCAUAUCAUGAAUCAGACAAUUUCACCAGUAAAUUCGUUAUAGUAACAGGAAAUGAAGAUGGUACUAUAAAAUUAUACGAUUACCUGUCUUAUAUAAAUUUUGUUACCUUUACUGCUCAUACUAAUACAGUCACAGAUAUUUGCUUUUUGCCACAAGGGAAUGCCUUCAUAUCUUGUUCAUUAGACGGUACUGUAAGAGCAUUUGAUUUACUAAGAUAUCGAAAUUUUAAAGUUUACACACCAGAUGUUAUAUCAGAUGAAAAUGGUAAUACUUCCAGAAAAAAAGAUAUGAACAAAUCAGUAAAAAAUGUAAAUAAAAAAUUAAAUGUUCAGUUUUUAUGUGUGAGUGUUAAUAUUAGUGGAAAUAUUGUUGCAGCAGGUGGAAGAGGUAAUGAAUUUAUUGUGUAUAUUUGGAAUGUUCAAACAGCUAAAUGUAUAGAUAAAUUAUUCGGUCAUAAUUCUCCUAUAACUAAAGUAUGCUUUAGCACUAAUUUAAAAAAUGAAGGUGUUAUAGCUAGCUGUUCUUGGAGUAAAAGUGUUUUGGUUUGGGAUUUAUAUGCAAGAAGAAAUAAGGGAAGUAAAUUCGAAGAAAUUAUGUGUUCUCAUGAUAUUUCUUAUAUGUGUUUUGACCCAAGAGGAAAUGAUAUAUUAGCUGUUUGUACUUUAAGUUGCAAAAUAAUUUUUUGGGAUAUUUCAGCUCAAGAAAUUAUUGGUACCAUUGAGGGAGCUAGAGAUAUUAAAAGAGGAAGAUUAAUAGGGGAAGAAUUUUUAGCUAUACCGAAAGUGAAUAAAAAAAGAAAAAAAGGAAAUGAAUUAGAAGGUUAUACAUAUAUUGAUGAUAUGGAAGAAGAAAGUAAAAACACUAUUGUUAAUCAAAAUUGCUACUUUACAUGUAUUGAUUAUAUCCAUAAUGGGAAUUAUAUAAUUGGAUCUGCUAAUUGCAGUGUUUCUUUAUAUAUAUAUGAUACUAAUUUAUAUCUGUUAAUUAAAAUUAUAGAUUUAACAAAAAAUUAUUGUGUUGAUGGUAUAAAAAGAGAAAUAUCUACGAGAUAUUUAACGGCAGAAGGAAAGAAUAUAUACGAGUUUGAUUUAAGUGAUGAAGAAGGAGACAUUUAUUUAGAUAAUUAUAAAAUUAUUAAUAGAAAAAAAAAACAAAGUAUAUUACCAGGACAAAUUAAUGAGAAUUAUUUAAACAGUAAAUUUAAAAAAUAUAAAUUAUUAUUGAAUCAUUUACAUAUAUCAGGAGAUGAUAGACAUAUUGCUGUUGCUUGUAGUACUGGGUUAUAUGUGUUUACAAAAGAUUUUCAAUAUCAGUUUGUACCAAAUUUUAAAAAUAUUUACAAAGGUUUAAUUAAUCCGCUUACAUAUAUUCCAAAAUAUUUAACUGAAAAUGUUAAUUUACAAAAUUUAAAAAAUUCGUUAAAAAAAAAAGAAUAUAUGAAAGCCUUUAUAUUAUGCUUAGCUUUAAAUAAUUAUGAACAUAUAUUAGAAGUGUAUGAGAAAAUACCUUAUAAUUUAAUUCCUUUAUGCGUUAAAAUUUUAACAAAACCAUUUCUAUUUAUUUUAAUAAAUUUUAUUAAAACUCUUUUAAUUAAUGAUACUAUAAAACAUAUUCAUUUGCAUUUAUAUUAUCUAAAUUCUAUAUUUACAAUUCAUUUUAACAUUUUUCUAAAUAACGAUUUUUAUAAUAGUACUAAAAGUAAGCAAAUAAAAAAAAAUAAUGAAAUUAUUCAAAGAAAUAUUAGUGCAACUUCAUCAGAUGAAUCAAGAGCUUCCCUUUUAUUAAUAUUAAAGCAAAUAUUUACUGUUUAUAAUGGACUACAAUAUUUAUAUAGCAACAAUAUUAACGUAUUAAAAUUUUUAUGUUUAAAGAAUUAA